AUGAGGGAAGCCAUAGUGGUUAAAGAUCCGAUUGGAGCAACAUGGCGCAUGCAGUUGCUCAGGGAUAAUAAGGAAGCGGGAUCAUCAUCAGAAACUAGAAAGAAGCGCCCGCAAUCUUCAUCGUCGGCGCUUGACCGUAAAAAUGAAGAGCUCGAGGCUUAUCAACGAGCAAAGCUUUUCAAUUCAGAUAAUCCAUUCUUCAUUUGUGUCAUCAGAACUGCAUCCAUUUCUAGACCAUUCCGCAUAACCAUGCCUAGGAAUUUUGUCAGGGAAAACUUGGCGAAAGGCCUAUACGAAGAAUUUAAGCUCCAUCUGUCUGGGAAUGAGGAUAAUUCAUGGUCGGUCCGGGUCGUUACCGAAGCUAAGGAUAACAUCGGAAGAAUUUCUGGCGGUUGGAAGAAAUUUGUCCAAGACAAUAACGUUAAACUUAAUGACGUGUGCGUCUUUGAAAUGCAGAAGGAGCAGAAGAUCAUCAUCGUCCACAUUUACAAAUGA